UUCUACCAAUAAGCGCUUCAGCCUGAUCACGUGACCGUGGUUCCCGCCACUACGUCCGGUUUCCGGGCCCGGUCUACUUCCUUUCCGCCUGCACGCGCUCUGUGGUGAACACGUUACCCCACUGCUCUCCGUGAAGAUGCGUUACGUAGCUGCUUACCUGCUGUCUGCCCUCGGGGGCAAAGAGAACCCUACUGGCAGCGACAUCAAGAAGAUCCUGGAGAGCGUCGGCAUCGAGGCUGACGAGACCCGCAUGCAGAAGGUCGUGUCAGAACUCAGUGGCAAAUCAGUCGAGGAUGUGAUUGCUCAAGGUUACAGUAAACUGGCCAGCGUGCCAGCUGGUGGCGCGGUUGCGGUGGCGGCGUCCGGUGCUCCCGCUGCUGGAGGAGCCGCAGCUCCUGCAGCUGCAGCUGAGGAGAAGAAGGAGGAGAAGAAAGAGGAGUCCGAAGAAUCUGACGACGACAUGGGAUUCGGACUUUUUGACUAAAUUACCGUGUAAUUCGGGACCAAAAUAAAAAGUGUUUGUUUAAAAAAAUUUUUUUUUUUAAGAAUCUGUCAUUUGUCAUAAAAUUUGGUAUGAGUGAAAUGUAGAGGACAAGUAAUAACCUUGAGUUAUUUGUUAAUUUUACAUUUAUUCACUUAUAUGACUUGGGUUUUAUUACCUGACGAUAUAAUGAGUGGAACAUCUUGGACUAUGUAAAGCCAAAUUAAGUUAAAUACAGGUCAGCAAAGUAUGAAAGUUUUAUUAGGUAUUUUAAAAUGGGAAUAUUGUUCAUUGAUCUGGUUUAAAGAAGAUUUUUCCAUGCUGUCGAUACACAAAAGUAGGAAAUCUAUCUUAAAUAGUGUGACAAAUUUGCACCAAACAAAUGAAAUAAAUUUUAUGUUAGUUCUGGGAAUCGGGGUGGGUCUUUAUCAAGUUCCUUUACACCAGGGGUGUCAGACGUACGGCCCGCUAGGGGGUUCAAUCUAAGUUAAAUCUAAAUUAUCCGCUAGGGGCGCACUGUUUUAGUCAGAGUAGAAGACGCGGCACAUCUCUGGGACUCAGGCCGAACAGCAGAUGGCAGCAAUGCGCCUUCUGCUGUUUUCUACUCGUCCCCACACCCUCAUUAGCCAAAAUGUCUUUGUCAAAAAGGAGAAAAGUGGAUACAGAGUGUAGAGUUUUCAAAAAAAAAAAAAUGGACCACUUCCUAUUUAUUCACAGAGAUGAAUGGGUAAUAGUUUAAAAAUGUGCAGUUUAAUGUUAGCCAACAGCUUCACUACAAAAGAGUUUGGUUUGGUGGAAUCCUAUUGUUCAUGUAAUGCCAUAAAUUUUAAAGUGCAGUACUAUAUUUGUCAGUUCCAAAUACCUGUGAAGUUUUUUGCAUUUGUACAAACACUGUGACCAGUUGUAAUGCACACAUGUAAAUGAUAAUCAGAAGCAAAUUGCAUGUUUGUCUUAAGAAAUCUGAGGUUCAUGAUAUGUUUUGAUGAUAUUUCAUUAAAUAUGAAGAUUUUCCUAA